AUGGAACGGAUUGCAACCGCCCUCUUGUUGACGUUGGCAUUGACCAUUGGUCGUGCAGGUCUCGCCCUUGCUCAAGACUGUGAAAAAGAGAUCUUCCGCAUCGGCAUCCAGGAGGAUGCGGAUGCUCUAAUUAAUUGUGCCACUUUAACCGGUGAUGUGGUUAUCGCAGCUACAGCCAAGGGCUCAAUCGACUUGGAUGGCAUCGAAAAGAUAGACGGUAACUUGUCAAACGAAGCCUGCUUCGAUAGUGCCGAUGACUACGACAACGACCGCCUGCGAGACCUUCUCGACGGCGAUUUUGACGGCUGGAAGAAGAGCUGCCGAGGGCUUGUCGAACUUUCCAGUAACACUCUGACGUAUAUUGAAGGAGCCUGGACCCUCCGGGCACUCGUGGACAUUGCCAGUAUCAAUUUCAAGAAACUCAAAGUUCUUGACGGGGUUCCUGACAAUCGAAUGACUAGCCUGAACAUUGACGGAGUGGAUCGCAUGACCGGCAAGUUCCAUUCAGUAGAACUGGUUGAUCUCGGCAUCUCCGAGUGGCCUGCUUUCAGACUUAUCAAGAUCCAAGACAUGUCUACGGACACGUUGGAUACCCCUGAUUUCGACAACCCAAUCAAAGCCGAAGGUCGGAUGCGAAUUGACACCAUUGUAGCCAAAGACCUGCCCAACAUUUCCCUCUUCCAGAUCAGGAACUCGGACGAGAUUGGUCUUCUCGAGGUUCACGGUCGCUCAUGGCAAACGAUAAUGCUAGAGGCAGCACCCCGGAGUGACCUGUCGACUAGCAUCGAGGUGCCUACUCAAGUCGUCGGCAAUCUCACCAUGACUGGUAUCGGGCAACCUUUCAACUUCACUUUCGGCUACAGCGGUCUGUCCAUCAACACUCUACACAUGGUUAACAACACGAUGAGGAAUAUCAACCUGGAGAACGUGAUAGUCACUGAUAAUCUUUACAUUGCUGGAAACCGCAAUCUGACCCAAGUUCGCAUGUUCGAAUCCAUGGUAGGGGUCGAGUUUGAUAGCAUUGUAUUCGAGGAUAACCCGAACCUGUUGGUAAAGUUGGACUCCUUUGGAAACAGUCCCCUGCAUGGGUGGGCAUGGGGUUUCAACGCGUCCAUACUAGCGGUACGGGACUGUCCCGUGGGGACGAAAUGGUUUGAUUUCACGUAA